ACAUCUCCCAUGAUGCUGAUCCAUGCUCGUAACAGCACCAGCAGUGUGGUGAUUUUGCAAGAUGGCGUCGUUGGGAAGGAGGCGCGGUGUCCCAGUCAACAGGGAGAGGGCAGUGAUGGCUGCCACAGAGUGCUACAUCGUGCAUGAGAUCUACAACGGGGAGAAUGCGCAGGAGCAGUUUGAGUACGAGCUGGAGCAGGCGCUGGAGGCGCAGUACCGCUACAUCGUCAUCGAGCCCACGCGCAUCGGCGACGAGACGGCCCGCUGGGUAGCGGUGGGCAACUGCCUGCACAAGACGGCGGUGCUGUCGGGCGCGGCGUGCCUGCUGACGCCGCUGUCGCUGCCCAUGGAGUACUCGCGCUACGUGGCACUGCCUGCCGGCGCACUGAGCCUGGCCUGUGCCGCCCUCUACGGCAUCUCCUGGCAGUUCGACCCCUGCUGCAAGUACCAGGUGGAGUACGACAGCCAGAAACUCUCCCGGCUGCCCCUGCACACGCUCACCUCCUCCUCGCCGGUGGUGCUGGUGCGGAGGGAUGACGUGCACAGAAAGAGACUCCACAACACGAUAGCACUCGCCGCGCUCGUCUACUGCGCCAAGAAGAUCUACGAACUCUACGCCGUAUGAGCGGAGCAAACACAG